ACAAUGGGGGUCGGUGUACUGUGACUGUCAGUAUCACAGUAUCAACACACCCUGUAUGUAAAGCAGAUAAGGUGUGUCUGUGUGUGUGUGUGUGAUGUCUGAGCGCAGUGUAAUCCGAGCUGAGAAGGAGCUGAAGGCAGCGACUUGAGAUACUCAUGGGCCUUAAAUACUCCCGUCCCAAGUUGUUCCCUGGCGACAUCUUGGAGUAUCCCAGGAACAAGUACUUUUCCCAUUUUGGGAUUUACUAUGGAGAGAGGGACGGCGUUCCUUACGUGGCUCACCUGACGAGCAGAGAUUCAGAGUCCAAGCUCGUGCUCUUCGGUCGAGCUCUGAGGUCAGAGGUCAAGCUGGACCCGGUGGAGCUGGUGGGCACAAAAUACAAGGUGAACAACAUGCUGGACGGGUCGUUCCCGGCCAGAGAUUUCCCCAGCCUGGUGAAGCCGGCCAUAGACGACAUGCUGGGCCGCGAGGUCACCUUCGACAUCCUGUUCCACAACAGCGAGCACCAGGCCACGCUGUUCAGAUAUGGAGUCAAGAAGUCCGAGCAGAUAGAGAAGGUGUACGAGCACAUCAUGCCGGCGUGGAAGAAGCCGUUUGAGAAAAGGCAGCUGUGAAACUGCCUGACCUUUGAGGCGUCUAACGCUCCAUGUGCCGGGUUUCCCCUCUGUUCCCUUCCCGACCACCAGAGGGCGGCAUCGUUCUCCUGAUCUGUCCCACACAAAGUCAGCGUCGUGAGUUUUUGUACAUAUGAGGAAGUUCAGUCGUUGUUAAGCGCUUAUAUUUCAAAGAAGUAAGAACUGAAAAAACUGCCUUGAUUUCUAAUGGACAAGAGUUUGUAUUUAUGAAAUGAUACAGUGGAUUUUAAGAGAGUUUCAGGCACUCUGUUGGUUCAUGUGUACUCAGCACGCCACUUACAAUUUCAUUUACACACAAAAUAAUAAUAAUAAGAAUUUUUAAAAAAUCUGUAAAAUUGUACAUCACUUUUCAUCUGUAGUAUUCCGUUUUUAAUGAAACUACAAAUCACUGGCAGUACAUGCUAAAUUAUCUUCAAAAAAUGAUGCAGGGCAGUUAUUCUGGGGCUGCGUGCUUCCCAGAAGAACCAUUUUCUACUAAAGAACCAUGUGAUUAUUUUUUAAAGGGUUCUUCACUGAACCAGCUGGCCACACCAAAAGUCUGAACUUUGAAAAAGCUAUCUAGAGAAUGUUUUUUUUUUUUUUUUUUUUUUUUUUUUUUUAAGUUCUUAGAAGAACAAUUUCUGGUUCCUCAAAGAACUUUUUUUUAAGCAUCUUGUAGCAUUCUUUGAGGAACCAUUGAGAGAAAAAGGUUCUUUAAAGAAUCAUGGUCAAAAUCAAAGGUACAUUGUGGAAUCAGAAAAUAUUUUUGGUUCCAGUUGGCACCUUUAUUUUAUUUUUUUUUUUGUUUACCGUACCUUUUCUCUUCUGGUUUCUUUCAUGAAACCACAGCUUGUUCCUCAAAGAGUCGUCCUUUGAACCAUGUAAAGAAACGGUUACUGUGUGAAGGCUUCUUUGUGGAAGUAGAACAGGUUCUCUUAAGACAUCACUCCUGGAACCAUCUCCACUCCCAGCACCUUUAUUUUUCUACGUGUAUGUGUGUGAGUAAGCUUGUGUCAUUUACAGAAUUUCUUUUGGUGCUAUGACAAAUGUCAGAAAUGUCCCAAAUGGGCAGAAUAAUAAUUAUUAUAAUAAUAAAAAAGCCACUGUUAGUCAGCCACUGUCUGAUUUGCUUACAUCCUCC